GGGCCGGGACGGGCCGGGAGACGUGACGAUGUGGAUGCGACGGCUCUCGGGAAGCAGGUCAGGUUGCCCGCUCGGAAGCCAUGCUUGGAUUUUAAUAGCCAUGUUCCACCUAGCCAUGGACCUCGCCAGCUGCCAGCCCCCAGCCAGCGGCGCCGGGGGGAGGCUCUCGCCGCGGCCGGCGCUCCGGCACAGACUGUCCCGCGGCUCGCUGUGGGGCACGGGGAGCGGGGAGGAGCUGCGGCGCCCCGGCCCCCCCUGGACCUGCGCCCCCGCGCCCCCCCCGCAGAGACCCCGCUCCCGCCGGCCGCCCGCCGCUGCCCCGCUGCCCGCCGGCCGCCCCCCGCGCCGGCCCCGCUCCCGGAGGGGCCGGCGGCACCUGCGCGGCCGCGGCUUCGCCCCGCGGGACGGGUGGCCCACGGCGCUGCACGAGGUCAUCGUCUGGGGCCCCACGGACAAGGAGGACUCCCUGGAGAGCAGCACGCUGCCCGGCGCCUUCGCCGCCACCGCCGCCGCCGCCACCACCGCCGCUGCCGCCACCACCACCACCACCGCUGCCGCCGCCACCGCUGCCACCGCCGCCACGCCACCCCGCGCGCCCCCCAGCACCCCGGCUCCCGCGCCCGGCGGGGACGUACCCCGCAGCAGCCCCGGCCGCACCAGCACCGCCGAGCCGGCUGCCGGCCACAGCAGCGGCGGCAAGGACGCUCGCCCGCCCCGCGGGCUGGGAGACAGCACAGGUCUGGCGGUUCAUCAGAUAAUCACUAUUACCGUGUCCCUCAUCAUGGUCAUAGCCGCUCUGAUAACAACUCUUGUCUUAAAAAAUUGCUGCGCGCAGAGCGGGCGCCCGCGGCGCAACAGCCACCAGCGCAAGCUGGACCAGCAAGAGGAGAGCUGCCAGAACCUGACCGACUUCGCCCCCGCCCGCGUGCCCAGCGCCCUCGACAUCUUCACCGCCUACAACGAGACGCUGCAGUGCUCCCACGAGUGCGUCCGGACCCCCGUGCCCGUCUACGCGGAGGAGGCGUUGCGCUCGCCCGGGGAUUAUAAAACAACCUUCAAUGGAAACAGACCCUCUUCUUCUGACCGGCAUCUUAUUCCCGUGGCCUUUGUGUCUGAGAAAUGGUUUGAAAUCUCCUGCUGACUGGCCGAAGCCUGUUUGACUUCUGGGGGCAGGGCAGACGCCGUCGGGCUGUUUCCUGGAUUCCAUUGGUGAACCUGUAAAAAAUAUAAAAAAAUAAUGGGUUACCUGUACCUACCAUUUCUGUUUACCAGUAGGA